AUGGAAAAGUCAGAGCCAAAGGAGAAGCCGUCUCAGGUGCUGGAGAAGGCGGAGGCCUUUGACGCGGUGCACCCAACGAUAUCGGAGGACGAAAUUGGGGGCCUUCGCACAAUUGAAGGACAUCUCAAUGCCACCGAAGAUGACAUCCUCGAGGCGAAGGAGGUGGCCGCCUCCAUGAGCUUGGAAAGUGUCCGGAAGCUGAUGAAAAAUGUGCUGGCUAUGCAUGAUGGGGACCCAAACUUCCCUCACGUUACCUUGCAGAAGAUUAAAGAGUUUAUGGAGAACGAAGAUGUCAUGGUCAACCCCGAAAAGCACGAGAGCCUGGUCCAAGAGAUGAAGCUUGAAGCCGCCCUCAUCACUAACAACAGUCCCUAUGCUGAAGUCCGCGCUGUCACAGACAAUCACGACGACCCAACCAUACCUGUCUCUACGAUCCGCGCCUGGACAAUUGGCAUCGUCUUUUCAUGCUUCCUAGCCUUUGUCAACCAGCUCUUCUCCAUCCGUCAACCUCCAAUCCGAUUUGACACCAACAUGGCCCAGUUGCUCGCCUAUCCGGUGGGCAAAGCGUGGGAGAAGUGGAUGCCCAAAAAGGAUAUCCGCAUCCCGUUCACAAGCCAUGUGGUCAAUCUGAACCCAGGACGAUUCAACAGGAAGGAGCACAUGCUCAUCGCCAUUAUGGCAAACAUCUCCCGAAGUCUGCCGUACACGCAGUACAUCAUCUGGACGCAGGUUCUCCCUCAGUAUUUCAACCAGGCGUACGCCCGCAAUUAUGCCUACAUUUUCCUCAAUGGUUUUGCGACCAACUUUAUUGGUUACGGCUUAGCUGGUCUGACGAGAAAGUUCAUCGUAUAUCCGUCGUACUGCGUCUGGCCUAGGUCUCUCGUCACCAUUGCCCUCAACACUGCGCUGCACAACGAGGAAAACCACGCAGUUUUGGGACCUUUCGGCAAGAUGUGGAGCAUGUCCAGAUAUAGAUUCUUCAUGAUUUCUUUCGGCGCCAUGUUUGUCUACUUUUGGUUCCCCAACUACAUCUUCCAGGUCCUCUCGUACUUUUCGUGGAUGACAUGGAUUGCGCCUAAUAAUCUCCACUUGAACAUCUUAACGGGCAUGCAAAACGGCCUUGGUCUUUUCAACCCUCUCCCGACUUUUGAUUGGAAUGUUAUCAACUUCAGAGAUGUUGACCCUCUCAUGGUCCCGUCCUUCUCAACAUUCAACUUUGCGGCUGGCAUGUUCAUCUCAGGCCUCUUCGUCCUUGGCCUCUGGUACAGCAACGGCUGGAACACAGGCUACCUCCCCAUCAACAGCAACCGUAUCUUUGACCACUUUGGAGAUCUGUACAAUGUCUCGAACGCCCUCGACAGCCGUGGCAUGUUUGACCUUGAGAAGUACAGCAAAUACUCUGCUCCAUACAUGAGCGCCGCCAACAGUUUGGUGUACGGGUUCUUCUUUGCCGUCUACGCCUCGGUGGUAACGCACGUCGUUCUUUACCAUAGAUAUGAGCUCAAGAUGGGCUUCAAGAAUCUCGUGAAGGGCAUGCGCUGGAAGCGUAAGAAGACCGAGGACGAGGGCGAGGGCGAGCAGCAGCAGCAGCAGACUGAGCAAACGGGUGAGGGUGAAUACAUGGAUGUUCAUAACCGUCUCAUGGCGGCUUAUCCUGAAGUCUCUGAAUGGUGGUACUUUGGCGUCCUCGUCAUUUCCAUCGUCUUUGGUGUCCUGGGUAUCGCCCUCUGGCCGACAUACACCUCACCGGCCGUCGUCUUGUAUGGUAUUUGGCUGUGCCUCAUGUUUGUCGUCCCCAUUGGCAUCGUUGCUGCCAUGACAGGUAUCGAAGUCACGCUGAACGUGCUCGCCGAGUUUAUCGGUGGCAUGAUUGUCGAGGGAAACGCCUUGGCCAUGAAUUUCUUCAAGUCAUACGGAUACGUUACUUGUGCCCACGCUAUUUCAUUCGCGAAUGACUUGAAACUCGCCCACUACGUCAAGAUUCCACCACGCGUCACUUUUGCCGGACAGCUGGUUGCCACGCUCAUCUCAACGCUUAUUUGCACCGGCAUGAUCAAAUUCCAGAUGGGAAUAGCGGGUGUCUGUACCACGAACGCCCCCAUGCGCUUCAAGUGUCCCAGCGAAAACACCUUCUUCACCGCCGCCGUUCUCUGGGGUACCAUCGGCCCAAUCAAGGUGUUUGGCAAAGACGGCCAAUACAAGUGGCUGCUCCUCGGAUUCCCCCUGGGCAUCGCUGCGGUUCUCGUCUUCUUUGGGCUCAAGAAAAUGUUCCCGAACAGCCAGGGACUGAGACAGGUUCACGUUGUUGCCGCUAUUGCUGGUGGUUUGGCAUGGGCUCCUUACAGCUUCUCAUACGCCUGGCCUUCCGUGCCGAUUGCCUGGCUCUCGUGGAUCUAUAUCCGCGGUCGAUAUCUCGACUUCUGGUCCAAGUACAACUUUGUCCUGUCGGCCGCAUGGGCCGCUGGUAUCGCCAUAUCAGCCAUCAUCAUGCUCUUCUCCGUGCAAUGGGCCGGCAUCGAGAUUGAUUGGUGGGGGAACACGCAGCCCAAUGUCGGAUGCGAGGGCAUGCCAUGUAAGCUCUACACGCUGCGUAAAGGAGAAAGGUUCUACCCCUGGUGGGAUCCUAGCAAGGUUCCUGCUCCGUAG